AUGUUGGAUAUCACAAUCUCGGACAUUCAUUCCUUAGGCCAAAAGGAAGCAUUCGAGAUUCUCGCACAGAUUGCACGCGUCGAGAAAAAGGCAUUCCCCAGCAAUGAAGCUUUUCCCUUUGGCCAAGAGCUGUGGCGGAAGAAGCCCAAUACACGAGUUCUAUAUGCUACCAGUGCCCCGGUCCCAGGUGUCCGUCCUGUUCUUAUCGCGUAUGCUGUCUAUGUCCGGCAGAAGGGAGCAGCUCUACUACACAAAGUGUGCGUGAUAGAGGCGCUUCGUCGACAUGGUGUCGGACAGAGAUUAAUGGAGUAUAUCCAGCAGCGUCUACAAAAGGAAGGGUGCCAGUACAUUCAGUUGUGGGUAGACAAAGUCAGGAAGCCUGCGCGAGCAUUGUAUACUCGCAACGGGUUCAAAGAACGGGAGGAGAUCGCGAACUACUACGCCCCUGGACGUACUGGCAUCAGGAUGGUACUUGAUCUUGAAUGUGGUGUUUGA